AACAGGAGUGACGUAAAUCGGAGCGCGACAGAGAGUCCUGUGAACAGAUGCAUGGCCGCAGAGCCAGCGUGACUUUAAAACAAGUGACAAAAUGGUGAAAUCUGGCAAACUACGAUCCGGGGUAGGAUCAAAGCUCAAGCGAUGGAAAAAAGGACACAGCAGUGACUCUAAUCCGCAGACUAGCCGAUUCCGUCAGGCAGCGAAAGGUCGCUAUUUCAGCAGUCCCUUAGAAAAGAGCGGCCUGACUGUAGAUGCUCUAAAACUGCACAAUGAGCUGCAGGCAGGACCCCUGGAUACCGGCCCAGGUGUCCGAGGAGAUGCCUUUAUGGAGGAGGCCGAGCAGGCGAGGUCAGAGAGGACCUCAGGGACUUUCCUCAGUGGACUGUCCGACUGCUCCAACCUCACCUUCCGGAAGGUCCAGCGCUACUGGGAGUCCAACUCUGCGGCCCAUAAAGAGAUCUGUGCGGUGUUGGCAGCAGUGACAGAGGUGAUCAGAGCCCAGGGAGGAAAAGAGACGGAGACAGAGUACUUUGCUGCUCUGAUGACCACUCUGGAAGCUGUGGAUUCAGGAGAAUCUCUGGCUGCUGUGGCCUACCUCCUCAACCUGGUCCUGAAACGGGUUCCUACCCCUGUGCUCAUUUCCAAGUUUUCAGACACAUCCAAGGCCCUGAUGGACGUCCUGUCUGCACAGGCCAGCACAGAGUCUCCCCUGGCCCUCCGAUGGAUCCUGUCAUGCCUGGCUACCCUCUUAAAGAAGCAGGACGUGUCAAUGUGGUCCUACCCCUCCACCCUGCAGAUCUACCAAGGCCUGCUUGUCUUCACCGUCCACAGCAAGCCCAAGGUGCGUAAAGCAGCUCAGCAAGGCGUGUGUUCCAUCCUCCGAGGCAGUGACUUCCUGUUUACUGAUGAUGCCCCGCCCCAUCACCCUGCUGCCUCGGUAACCGCCAAGUUCUGCAUCAAAGAGAUGGAGCAGGCAGGAGGCAGUGCAGAGGACACCACCACGCUGCACAUUCUGGGCCUGAUGAAGGAGCUCUUGGUGACGUUUCCUCUGGGGGCUGUCAAGUCCUGCUGUGAGACCCUGUUACGGGUCAUGACCCUCAGCCAUGUGUUGGUGACCGCGUGUGCCAUGCAAGCCUUCCACAAGCUGUUCAGCAGCAAGCCCAAUCCUGCCACACUGUCUGCUGAGCUUAACGCACAGAUCAUCACGGCCCUGUAUGACUACCUGCCCAGCGAGGGCGACCUGCAGCCGCUGCUGGCGUGGCUGGCAGUGAUGGAGAAGGCCCACGUCCAUCUGGGGGUGCUACAGAGCACGCUCAGCCUGGCCCACUUGCCCCGCCUCUGCUCCGCCGCCAUGAGCUGCCUGCUCUCCCCACACACACAGGUGGUGGCGGCUGCCGCCAGCACGCUGAAGACCCUGCUGAUGGAGUGUGUGGCCCCUCACAUGGAGGAGAUUGGUCCCAUUAAUCCCUCAACCACCUCAGGGAACGCCCUUCACGUCUGCAAGAUGUUCCGCAUCGUGGAGGAGGGUCUGUCCUACAAGUUCCACUCCUCCUGGCUGUUCGUGCUGCAGAUUCUAGGCUGCUUCUACAGAGCUGCAGGAAAACAAGCUCACCCCAUCAUGACCAAGUCCCUGCAGUCCCUGGCAGACCUGCGCUCCACCCCCAGGUUUCCCUACAGCGGGGAGCUUGACCUGGCCAUAGGGGGCGCUGUGGAGAGCAUGGGCCCAGAGCUGGUUCUGGGGGCCGUGCCCCUCAACAUCACCGGCAACGAGGAUGAUCUGGAGUUCCCUCGUAGCUGGCUGGUGCCUGUCAUACGAGACCAUGUCAAGAACACACAACUGGCCUUUUACACUUCCUACUUCCUGCCUCUCGCAGCAACGCUCCGGCAGAAAGCGCUGCAGUUGGAGCAGGCAGGACAGAAGCUUGAGGCUAAAGUCUACCAGACACUGCAGCUGCAGAUCUGGACCAUGCUUCCUGGCUUCUGUGUGGGUCCGCUUGACCUGGUGGCUUCCUUCAAGGGCAUCGCGCGGGCGCUAGGCAACGCUAUCAACGAGCGUCCAGACCUCCGGCUGACCAUCUGCCAAGCCCUGCGAACCAUCAUCACCAAGAGCUGCAACACAGAGGAAGAGAAGGCAGAGGUGAGGCGCUUCUCUAAGAACUUCCUGCCCAUCCUGUUCAACGUGUACAGCCAGCAGCCAGGUCAGGGGGAGAUCGCCUCACACAGGAUGGCUGUCCUGGACACCAUCAAAGUCUACCUGACCAUCACUGACACGGAGAUGGUGUGUGUGUUCCUCCAGAAAGCCACAGAGAAGCUCAGCCACCCAGACAGCACAGAGUUUAUAAGGCUGUCAGUGAUGGAUCUUAUGGUUGCCAUGGCACCCCAGGUGGACCAGGUGACCAUGAGCAACACCUUUGAGCUGAUCAAGCCCCACCUGGAGAGCAAGGUGGCCAGCAUGCAGAAGAAGGCGUACCGAGUGCUGGAAGAGAUGUGUGGAGGAGAGAGGGACGAAUGCAAGGCCUUUGUCCUGUCUCACCUGGAGACGCUCAAACACGUCCUGCUGGAGACCCUGAAGAAUGCCUCCUCACCUGCCAAGAGGCCCAGACUGAAGUGUCUGAUCCACAUAGUGAAACAACUAAGUGAGGAGCAUACAGACUUCAUCACCGCCCUGAUACCUGAGGUGAUUAUCUGCACUAAGGAGGUGUCUGUCGGAGCUCGUAAGAACGCCUAUGGUCUACUGGUAGAGAUAGGAAACGCCUUCAUGCGUUUCCAUGGCAAUGCUAAAGAGGCUAUCCAGCAGUACCUGCUCCUGGUGUAUGUUGGUCUCACAGGUUCAGUCACCAUGAUCACCUGCACUGUCCUGGCCCUCACCAGGCUGGUGUUUCAGUUCAAAGACUCCAUAGACAUGUCCACCAUGGAGGAGUUGUUGCACAACGUGUGUAUGCUGCUCAGGUCUCGUACCAGGGAGAUCGUCAAGGCUUCCCUCAGCUUCAUCAAGGUCAUCCUCUUCAUCAUGGACCCAAAGACCCUGGCCUCACACGCCACCACCAUGAUAGAGGGCAUUGGGAGCAUCCAGGAUGAUGUGAGGAGACAUUUCAGGACCAAGCUGAAGAACAUCUUCACCAAGCUCAUCAGGAAGUUUGGGUUUGAGCUGGUGAAGAGCAUGCUUCCUGUGGAGCAUCACAAGGUUUUGGUGAACAUCAGGAAGGAGGAGGCUCGCUCUAAGAGACGCCGGCAGGCUGAGGACCAGGACGGCUCAGAGAGUGAGGACGACAUGCCUACAGCCAAGGGGGAGAGUAUUGAAGAAAUCCUGGCAGAGUCAGACAGUGAGCCAUCAGACAAUGAAGGAAAGGCCAAUAAGACCCAACGGAAGGCUGGCAAGCAGAAGGGCCGUGCCUGGCUGAAGGAGGGGCAGGGAGAUGAACCACUCAACUUCCUGGAUCCCAAGGUGUCCCAAAGAGUGCUAGCCACCAACCCUGACCUGAAGAAGAGCGCCAAGAAGAACCACGGCUUCAAGGUGACAUCUGAUGGACGACUGAUCAUCAGAGAGGAUGAGGAUGGAAAAGUCAACAAAGAUGAGGAGGGAGAGAUGAAGGACAUCCUGGAGGAGGCUGGAGUCAAGGCAAAGAAGACCCAGAAGAGGAAAGUCCAAGAUGGCAGCUUUGAUGAUGACAUGGACAUAGAGCCUCAGCUCAAAUACAAAGCUGGUGGCUCUGGCAUACACAGACCUCUGGGGGGCAGCAGAGACACGGGUGGAGACUACAGGUCCAAGAAAGGAAAGGGAGAUGUGAAGAAGAAGGGCAAGGUUGACCCGUAUGCCUACAUCCCCCUGAAGAAGGCCCAGCUCAACCGCAGGAAGCGAGCCAAGAUGCAGGGUCAGUUUAAGGGCAUGGUGCGAGGUGCCCAGAAGGGGGCGUUGUCUGGAAAAAAAAUGCAGAAGAACAAGAAGAAGGUGUGACAUGCUGCUGCUGCCAACCAACCAGUCUUGGAGUAGAGUGGUGAUAGCAGCCAAUCAGCAUGGACUAUGCAGCAGACUUUGGAGGCUAUAACAUAGGAAGUGUUCUUCUAAUGUUUAAGCUUAUCCUGGCUGUCUGAGAUCAGUCAGGGGACCAGUGUCUGUUUAGAAUGUGUCUAUUUACACCCACCCCACCCCCCUCAAAACUCAUACGCAACAAGUGUGUGUGUGUGUGCGCGUGUUUGACUGACUGUAGGUUGCCUCUCUUGCUCAAUUUCAAAUGUUUUGUAUUUUCCCCUUUUUCAAGUAAUUUAACUGACCGUGUAUGUGUGCAUCACACAUUGUGUGUGUGUGUGUGUGUGUGUGUUUGAGCAUGUCUUCAUGAGAAAGUGUGUGUAUACCCUAGUGUAACAGUUUUUGAUUGGUAUCCCGAUCCACAUUCACACAUGUGGAAUCUAUCAAAUCUUUCUAAUGUUUGUGGACGGAAGCAUAUAUCCCAGAAAAGAUUUAUGUAUCCUGCUGAAAAGGAUGGAUUUCUUGUUGCCAAUUUGUGAAAAAGGAAAUAAGGUGGUGUUGCACACUUUGACCACAAGAGGUCACUUAAGACCAUUUGAACUUCAACAUUAGAAAAAAUGAGUAAAAUAAAUGAUUUUGAUUCGGUUUACAGCGCAAAUGUAACUGUUGUAGUGAAAUAUUUUAAUAAACUAUAUUUGA